ACACACGCUUUUCGUGCAAAGCAGUUGAUUCGCUGCACAAUCUGCGUAGGAUAGCAAAGAUCCCUAAAUUUCCAACGGGACCAACACGACAGACAAGUCCGAUGUUUGAUCCGACGGCCGCCAACCAUCUAGGCGCUUGAUAACUUUGUUUAGAUGAACGGGGGUUCACCACUGCGGCGCAUGAUAGCUUCUCAAGAUUAAGAAUAGUAAGCGUUCUCCACAGGAUGCGCUUUGCUCCCCACUCUGAAUCUUCGUCGCCAGUACGACAUCCUCUGUAACUUUGUUUGAAUUACCCAGUUCGUUAUGACAUCCUCUGUAACUUUGUUUUAAAUACCCAGUUCGCUAGUUAGAUGAACAUUUCAGGUCCUGAGAUUAAAGCACUGGGUCGAUUUAGAUACGUGGGUUGGGAAGAUACGAUUGAAUUUCGAAGUUUCAUUGUACUUGAAAUGAUCACGGUAACGUUCAAGACUCGAUGAGACCUUGACAGGAUUCAUCAAUGCUGUUGUUUUGAUUUGUCGUGGAAAGAAUGUCAGAGGGAACAAACAUGGUGAUGGAGUCUUCUGAAAAUGGCACUGAUUUUUCCCAGGAUGAUACUGGAACAAUUGAGGAAACACCUGAAGACACAAUAUUGUCACGACAAACUUCUGUGAACCUUGUUCCAUAUAUUGGACAGAGAUUUGUCUCUCAAGAAGCAGCUUAUGAAUUUUAUUGUAGUUUUGCGAAGCAAUGUGGCUUUUCAAUUAGACGUCACCGUACUCGUGGAAAGGAUGGGGUUGGUCGGGGAGUUACGAGAAGGGAUUUCACUUGCCAUCGUGGUGGAUAUCCACAGAUGAAACCAUCUGAAGAUGGAAAGAUGCAAAGGAAUCGUAAGUCAUCACGCUGUGGUUGUCAAGCAUACAUGCGCAUUGUGAAGCGCGCUGAUUUUGAUGUUCCUGAAUGGCGUGUUACUGGCUUUAGCAACAUCCACAACCAUGAACUACUAAAAUCAAAUGAAGUGCAUCUUCUUCCUGCAUACUGUGCCAUAUCUCCUGAUGACAAGAGUCGAAUUUGCAUGUUUGCAAAGGCUGGAAUGUCUGUUCGACAAAUGCUUAGAUUGAUGGAGUUAGAGAAAGGUGUAAAGCUUGGGUGUUUACCAUUUACGGAACUAGAUGUCAGAAACCUGCUACAAAGUUUCAGAAAUGUAAAUCGAGAUAAUGAUGCUAUGGAUCUUAUUUCAAUGUGCAAGAAACUGAAGGAUGAAAAUCACAAUUUCAAAUAUGACUUCAAAAUAGAUGGCAACAACCGGUUGGAGCGUAUUGCCUGGUCUUAUGCCUCAUCAGUUCAAUCAUAUGAGGCAUUUGGAGAUGCACUGGUAUUUGACACUACCCACCGUCUCGAUGCCUAUGAUAUGUUAUUAGGCAUAUGGAUUGGAGUAGACAAUUAUGGGAUGACAUGUUUCUUUGGGUGUGCUCUUCUAUGCGAUGAAAAUAUACAGUCCUUUUCCUGGGCAUUGAAGACAUUUUUGGGCUUUAUGAAAGGAAAGGCUCCGCAGACAAUACUAACUGACCAAAAUAUAUGGUUGAAAAAGGCAAUUGCUAUUGAAAUGCCUGUAACUAAGCAUGCCUUUUGCAUUUGGCACAUCAUCGCAAAGUUCUCGGAUUGGUUUUCUGUACUGCUUGGGUCAUCAUAUGAUGAGUGGAAAGCUGAGUUUUAUCGGAUUUAUAAUCUUGAAUUGGUGGAAGAUUUUGAGGAGGAUUGGAUUGAGAUGGUUAAUAGAUUUGGACUCCAUACGAAUAGGCACAUUGUCAGCUUAUAUGCACUACGAGCAUUCUGGGGUUUAGCAUUCUUGAGGCGUUACUUCUUUGCAGGGAUGAUGAAUACUUGUCAGUCGGAAUCAAUUAAUGCCUUUAUUCAAAAAAUUCUGAGCGCUCAGUCUCAACUGGAUUGUUUCUUGGAGCGAGUGGCUGAUAUUGUUGAUGAUUAUCGGGCUGGAUCAAAGCAAGAGAUGCAACGUAAAGUGCAGAAAGUUUCCUUGAAAACGGGUUCCCCAAUCGAAUCCCAUGCUGCCACCGUUCUGACUCCUUAUGCUUUUGGUAAACUUCAGGAGCAACUUGUGCUGGCUCCACAGUAUGCAUCUUUUCUGGUAAAUGAUUGUUGUUUCCAAAUUAGACACCAUACUGAAGUUGAGGGAGGGUGCAAAGUGAUUUGGGAUCCCUGUCAAGAGCACAUAAGUUGUAGUUGCCGUGAAUUUGAGUUUUCUGGCAUCUUAUGUCGGCAUGUCCUACGUGUUCUAUCAACUAAUAACUGUUUUCAUAUUCCAGACCAAUAUCUCCCCACCCGCUGGUGUUCCUUUCAGUCUACAACAACAAGAGAGCACUCUGAGAGGAUUCAGUUUUUAGAGUCAAUGGCUUCCUCACUUUUGACAGAAUCUAUUGAAACAGAGGAACGCCUGGAGACUGCUUGUGAGCAAAUUUCCCUAGUAUUAUCUCGAAUUAGAGACAUUCCUAGGCCAGCACCUGGUGUCAAUGCCUAUUGUUGUCCAUCUGACACAUUAAUUUUACCGGAGGUGGAAGAUGCUGAUAGAAUUGUUCAGAGUUUCACAAUGGGCACCGUGCAUGAUUCUAUCACUCUGGGAAAGCUGAAAGAGAGAAGAUCAAGAGAGGGAGUUGAUAUUACUAGAAAGCAAAGGCAUUGUUCUGGGCCUUGCUGUGAACAUUUUGGACAUGAUCCUUCAGACUGUGCAGUAAUGGGAAGUGAUAAUCUGAAUGGAGAGGCACUUGGGUAUUUGUAGAAAUAGAAUGAGGCAUUGGAGAUGGUGUACAAGAAACAGGAUCACAUUACCCAUCAUUCAUUACCUGUAAUGGCAUCUUUUGGAUGUCCUUUUGAAUUUAAUCAUAGCUUUUCUUUUUCCUUUUCUGAUAGGGUAAAAUUUUACCUAGAUCCCAAUGUCACAUAUAAACAUAUAGAGGUGUAAUUUGAGGUUCCUGACAUAUUCCACAUUCUGCAAAUGACAUACCUGUGGCACAGACUUUCCUUUCCACAUGCAUCAGUUAGUUUUUGUUCGAUCUGCAAAUCGGAUUUGUUCCAUUGUCCACUGUUGCACCUUAACCUUGAUUUGCCACACAUUUGAGAAUUAUACUUCAAAGCUUGUGAGGACAAGUCUGGGCUUAUUAUUUCAAUUUACCUUUACCUCAAAUUCAGGGAAUUGCAAUAUCUGCCUUCAGCAUGUUUGAGGUCAAGCAUGGGCUGAUUUUUUCAAGUUCCCUGGGGAAGACUCGGUAUUUCAUGUUUAGUUAUCAUUCAGCCAAAAUGGUAAACUCCGUCCCCAGCCGUCAAUUUUCUUUUUCAUAUUUUCCUGUGGUUGCUAAUAAUUCCUUGCUCAUGUUCUGCAUAAUGUGCUUUAAUUGCUCUUAUUCUUGCUUGAGUGUCUCUGAGAUAUUAAUUGUCGUCUUUCACCUGUAGAGCCUGCUUUCAAUUAGUACUGCUUCUUCUGUGGCUUUCUUGGUUUUUACUUUUUUUCGUUUCUUUUCUUCCCCUUAGGUUUGGAAUGGGGAAGGAGGGUUGGUUUUAAGGUAGUCAUCCUCUUAAAGAAGCUAAAUUUCAUUAUAGUUUAUCUCACCUUCUGAAUAUGACCUAUCAGGACAACUUAGCCUUUAGUGAGCCUUGGCUAAACCGCUGGUUGGGUUGGAUGCAUAUACCCUUUUAAAUUUGUAUAUCUUUCCUUUGUACGUCUCAUUGUGAAUUAUAUGAUGGUUUGUGGGAUAUUUAAAUUAGAUUAUUGAAAUCCCAUGGUGGUGAAAGUGAAAUACUUGUGCACAGGGAUGAAUCUAUAAUGCAUUGGCUAGAGGUAACAUAUAUGUUUGACCUUCUCUGGCAAGCCCAGAAUUUUGAUGGCCAUCCCAAAUUCCCAAUACAAUUUAAUAUUGUAAUUAUAAAUGUUGAUCACGAUGAAUGAUGUACAAAUGCUUGGGACAUUUAUAUUUUUCUACAUUUAUUACCUCUCCUUUUAUAUGUUACCACAAUCUCUCUCUCUCUCUCUCUCUUCUCUAGACACACUACUAAAGUCUGGGAUUUUUGCAAAUGGCGCAAUUACUGUGCCUUAGUCUUCUGGAUUAUCGGCCAAUGAAACUUUACUUAGCCUGCUGGGCAACAAUCCGGCACCAGUAUUUGCAACUUUUCUGCCUUUAGCCCUCCGGCGGGGUGGCUGUGACCCAUAAAGUGCUCUCUGCGCCAGAGCUUUCCCCAGUGUAAUGUUGGUUGUGCCUUUCGUAUUUGGUUCUUUGUCCGCAGGAAUUUCUUGAUUGCUGCUGGUGGAGGCAUCUAGUUUCCCAGUUUUUGCCUGCUCAGAAGCCAUGUUUCCCUAGAUAUUGAACUGCAAUGCCGAAAGAUUAAUGGAAAUGAAGUAGCUUUGGAGAAUUUCUGAGACAGCUGGGAUGGGCAAGCACCGGUGAUGGGAACAGGCAAGAGUGUGUGUAAAGUGGGAGCAAGAAGACACCAUUGUUGUGUGCUUGCUGCAAGUGCAUUUCUUGGACUAGCUGGUGCAAUGGUUGCGGAGCAUGUUUAUGUGUUGAUUUCGGUACUAAUCUCCUCCUCCAGCUCUUGUUACCUGGGACCUUAACCAAGCUCCUGCUGCUAAGUCUCUUACAUGGCAAGCAGCUUUGUUUCUUUGUCACAACUUGGUAAGUAAAUACUUUCAAACACCAUUUAUCCUAGAAACUCAAUUGGCCGUUAUUCACUGGACCUUGCAAUUAAUUUUCAAGCAUCUAUUGUAAGAAGAGAAAUCCCUUAACAUGAAAAUUUUGGCUGAUGGUCCAUACUUGAUUA